AUGAAAGCCAAAACUAUCGCAUCUAUUGUGCCGCCAAACUAUCCACGGCGCCAGGAGCAGGAGUUGGAGAACCGUAAGCUUACAACCACACUAUCUGAAUUAGUGGAAAAUGCCAUCACCGUGGCAGAAAAUUACCUAUCCUAUACUGAAGGUCGCCUCCCAUCGUUGGAGGCACAGAGCGCGCCUUUGUCAACUGCACUCGACAAUUACUUAAAUUCCUAUCGUCAUGAGCAACCUUGCGACUGGUCGGAAGAAAAAUUAUUGAAUCGCUGCAAACAACAGGUAACUAAAGAAACGAUCAGCGAGCUCAGCCAGAGGCCAGCCAUGGAUGUGGAAGGAAUAACCAAUAUUCUCAAGGCACUGUCCGGUAAGGACGAGCUCCCACGGGGCCGCUAUCUGCUGCUUCGGGAUAAUUUGGAGGUGCUAAAGGAGCACCAGGGCCGCAAUGCCAUCCUCAGUCUCCCCAAAACUCUCACCACCCUCUACGAUAUUCAGCACACCGAUAUUGCUGCAUCUGUGCGUGCGGAGACGGCUGAGACGGACCCUAUUAAGAACAAACUUAUCGCGCAGGUAAAUGAGGCGUUAGUGGCUUUUAACACCGCUAACGCAACGGGUGAUGUUGUAGAAGUGGAGCGCACUCACCGCCAUCUUAUUGCCGCUCGCUAUGAGUACCUGGUUCUGUGCGCAAAGCGUAUAAGGCUUCUUAACGGUACCACAAAUAAUGAAGAACUCUGUGCCUUUAGCAACGAGUUAAAGCAAGCUCAAGAUGACGCUGAGGAUGCAUUGAGGCAAUUUAAAGAAGAGCAGGAGGCCCUUAAAGAAGCUCUAAAUGCUGAUCUCGAGCAAUGCAACAAGACCCGGCGCGAGGAAGAGGCCAGGUCCUCCGCAUAUGCAAUGGAGUAUGCGUCUAAACAGAAACAAAUGUCAACAGACUUGGAUACGAUUGUGAGAUUACAGAGAGAUGUUAUCGAUGAGCUUCGCAGAAAAGCGCUGGAGCUGCGCGACUUAAUGCAUAAGCAGAAGGAACUCACCCAAGCCGCAACAGCAGCCAAACGCGCGGAGGAGCAGCGAAUCACAUCUUUACAAGAGUUUCUUAACAUGCAUGAGCAGCACUGCCAAAGGCUGCGGCAUUGCAUGGCAUACCUCCACGGAUGUAAGCCAGUGGUCGAGGAAACCGAACGUUAUGUCGCAGACAUGGUUAAGAGGCUCCCCAUAAACCGGAUGGAAGAGGUCGUUAAGGAGAUUACUAACGAAGAAGUGGGAAGCUUCAUGGAUGCUUACAAAAAUUUCGUCUUUUCCUGUGGCGAGUUGGCCAUCAAGAAGUCCCAUCGCCUUGACACUCUGGAGCGUCAGGCGCGCUUGACCAAGCAUAACCAAGACAGCGCUAUGGACAGUCUCGACCCGAACAUGGAAAACUAUCGCGUGGAGCUUACUGAGCUGACGGAGCAGAUGAAGGCAGUUGAAGGGGUGCUUAAUGCUCUUAAUGCCACACAGGAUGCCGGAGAGCAAGUCUUCGAAAAUGUUGAGGAUGUAGUACGUGACACAUUUAAGCGAACCAACGAAGUGUUUGUUCACCCUCUGCAGGAAUUUGGGCUUCAACUUGUGGAUGAGCGUACUCGCUUCGUGAAGCGCUCUAUGAAAUAUGUCGAGAGCGAAGAACGCGAGGUGGCACAGAAAAGGGGAACAUUAGAGCAGAUGAAGACCAUGCUACUGGAAAAUAACGAAUAUUUGGCGAAGGCCAUUGCCGGUGAUCACACCCCCACAUUAAUGGCUUCCCCAUCUAUCAAGUAA